GUUGCAUCCAAACCCAUCAUCAUUCGCGCAAAUUCCCAACCUUCCCCGCGAACAACCCCCAGUGUGCCGGAAUCUCUUGCUAUGGAUGAUAACCGCAUGGAAUUCCCAAGUUGCAGGAGGGAAGGCGUGGGGCUUUUCAAGCCUGGUGGAACAAUGCGCUGCUUCAUCCUGCUGCUCCUCAACGGAACCGCUUGUUUGGUGGCCCUAAGUCAGGAGGACGAGUCCUCAAGCCCAAAGAGAUCCUCGGGAGACUCCCCCAAGACGGUGGGCCUUCUGAGCGGCCAGGCAACCCUCUCACCGUUAAGCCGCUGGAUGCUUCACGGCAGGGGCCGGGCGGCGAAUGCCACCUCGCUGGAGUUGCCCUAUCGCUCACCGGCCGCUUUCUCCAAGCAGGAGUUUUCCAAGCAGGAGUUUUGGGAGAUGCUGGGUAGCGAUCCGCUCAAAGCGGAUGCCUCGGGAUCUCGGGUCAAGCGGCGACCCAUCGUCAAGACGGGCAAGUUCAAAAAGAUGUUCGGCUGGGGGGACUUCUACUCCAACAUUAAGACGGUGCGGCUGAAUCUGCUCAUCACCGGCAAGAUUGUGGACCACGGCAACGGCACGUUUAGCGUGUACUUCCGCCACAACUCCACGGGCCAGGGCAACAUCUCGGUGAGCUUGGUCCCGCCCGUCAAGGCGGUGGAGUUUGACCUGGAGCGCCAGAGCGUGGUCUACCCCAAGGACUCGAAAAUCUUCAAUUGCCGCGUGGACUAUGAGAAGGUGGACCGCAGCAAGCGCACCUCGUUGUGCAACUACGACCCAUCCAAGACCUGCUUCCAGGAGCAGAUCCAGAGCCACGUGUCCUGGAUUUGCUCGAAGCCUUUUAAAGUCAUCUGCAUCUACAUUUCCUUUUACAGCACAGACUAUCGCCUGGUUCAAAAGGUUUGCCCGGACUACAACUACCACAACGAGAUGCCCUACUUGCCGUCGGGCUAAGGGACUUUUCCUGGUGGGGAGCGCGAGCAGAGAAGAUCUGGAGGGGUAUUUUUGUUUUGUUUUAAUGCCACUGUGUAGCCUGACUUGAGUAAAAGAUAUAUGCAAAAGUCAAACAAUAUACAUAUGCACAUAAAGUGGCAGUCGGGACAAGACAUUCACAAAACGGUAGAGAAUGUCAGCGUAAACAUACAAGUUCUUACCUCAACCCUAGUCGAUCUUUAUUGAGUCCUGUCAGUCCCUCAAAAGCAGGACGAAUAGUCUGGCUUUAAUCACGAGCCCCUUUCACGCAAAAUUGGCAUAGGAGAGUAGAGCCGGGAUUUAUCAGCCUGUGCCUUUCCCAAACAGCCGGGACACUCGAUGCUCGAAGAAGUCUGCAGUCUUAGUCUAAACUCUAAAACUGACACUCCUGGUCUUUUCUCCUUUCACUCCUUCUGCCUCUGACAUUAACUCAGCAGCCCCCCCCCUCCCCGUUGCCAUUCCUGUAUCUUUCGCACAGAAUAUCGACGAGCGACGGUCAAAAAGUCAGAACGGUCAUAAAAUUAUUCAAGCAUUUACUUUCCUCCAGUUGAAUGUAAAAAAGCAGAUGGGCCGGUUCAGUGAGCACUUUCAAGAGGAAAACCGCCAUGGUCCGAUCAUUCCUGGUGUUAAGCGCGGGGUAACUGUCUUUAACAUUGACUCACCAUCCCAUCCCCACUCAGAAGAAUGCAGCCAUGCCUUCCAAUUAAAACCCGACAUCAAAACCCCAUGACGGCAACAAGUAACUGACUGGAUGUGAACCCACCGGCCCUAUAAAUUACCUACUUUUUUUGUAGUACUUUGUAGGGAGCCGCGCAUAAUCAAUACCGAGGUUCUCCGGCUCACGUCAGUUUCCGUUCCUACGGCGACAAAUGUAACCUGAAUUUGUACGUAAAUUGUUACACCCUGUAGUCAUUUUUACAAUAUAGUUCUAAGCCAUAAACAAAAAACAAUUGCAACUACACAAUAUCAUCCUGGCACCAUAUUUGAAAAGUUCUCUGUCAAACAAUCAAAAAAAGGUGGGUCUUGCUCAGGGGAGGGCAAACUAUGGCCUGAUGGCAACAUUAUGCCUGCUCUGUUCAAGUCCACCAAAUAUUUACAUCGA